AGACAGGGGACCCAUAUUGCAUCAGCAUGUUGGAAGAAACGGGGCCCGAGUGGUUGUCUGAGGAAGUGAAAACCGGAACGACCAUCAUUGCCAUAGAGUUUGAUGGAGGGGUCGUGCUGGGGUCUGAUUCUCGAGUGUCUGCAGGGUCCUCAGUGGUGAACAGGGUGAUGAACAAGCUGUCUCCCCUCCAUGACAAGAUCUACUGUGCUCUGUCGGGCUCUGCAGCAGACGCUCAGACCAUCGCUGAGAUGGUCAACUACCAGCUCGACGUCCACAGAUCUGUCGCCGUACCCUUUGACCUCUCCCAGGUGUUUGCAACCCUGAAUGGUCUCCUGACGAGGCAACCUUUUGCAGUCGGGGGCUCUGGCAGCUCGUAUGUUUAUGGGUUUGUUGAUGCUGAAUAUCGUAAGGGCAUGAACAAGGAGGAGUGCCAGCAGUUUGUUGUCAACACUCUCUCUUUGGCAAUGAACCGUGAUGGCUCCAGUGGCGGCGUGGCCUAUAUUGUCUCCAUUGAUGAACACGGCACAGAGGAGAAAGUCAUUCUAGGGAAUGACUUACCAACCUUCUUUGAUCAGUGAUACACAUGUAGUUUUUUUUCAUCCCUAUUUUGCUAAGCCACUGUUGUGCAGGUUACAAUUAGGUAUUUGUUUUGCUCCCAAUAGUCAUUAUUGCACACUAAUACAGCUUAUAACCUAAAAAUUAAGAAUACUUUGACUAAUAAUUCUAUUCACGAAAAUGCAUUGUUCUAUGAUUCCCAAAGCUAUGUCAACUGUAACAUUAGGUAGCCUUGGUGUGUGUAUACUGUAAUUUAAAAGCUGCUCACUCCCUCAGAUCAUCAGAUAAAGCUGAUUAAGUUUGUGGCUCAUCAUUAGGGACUUUGAAAUAUAACAAAGAAGAAGGUUAUCUCACCAGAGGGAUGACAGAAAACAUUUUGUUAGCUCUGUCCCUUCACCAAGUUCAGGACAGCUAUACAGAGGUAGACAUGGAAAUUGCCCCUGUGUCUGUCGAAUGGUCUCUAGCCAUCAGGUCACUUCCUUCUCUUAAACUUGUGUUGACUUAGGGUCAAAUUGACCCGUUUUCAAUUUUUGUUUUAUAU